UCUAGAAGUUCAUAGGACCUUUUGUGUGGACCAUCUAGCCCGAGUCCAGAAGUUCAUUGGACCCUUUGUGUGGACCAUCUAGCCCAAAGAUGAGAAGAUGUCCACCCACUAGUGUUCUGAAGAGUAAAAUGAGUCCAUCUUCUCGGCCUGAUCUGUGCAGAGUUGACUUUCUUAGUCUUGCCUAACACCCCAAUGAGUCAAUGCAGAGACAAAGAGACCCAGAUAGUUGGGAAAUAUCUAUGCAUCACCUAGGACGUCUUCUAGAUGUUCUGUCUCAGCUCUCCGGAUCCUUGAAUGUACAACACUUGACUAUCUACCAUAGCUGGAAAGCCCAGUAGCAUCAUAUAACAGUCAAUGAGGUGUUUCCAUGCUGAUCCUGACAGUAGCAGAUAAACCCCCUGAAGUUUCCCCUCUUCGUUACUUGGUCAUCUCUGCUCCAGCAGGACACCAAUGUCCGUUCCAGCUGCCAUGCUGCCUUUGGCUGUCUUCGUCUUAGACUGCCUGCUUAUGGCAUUGGGACACUAUGACAUCUGUAAAUCGUGGGUGGCAUCUGACGAGGGCCCUUCCUGGGAAUAUUAUGCCUGUCAACCAAAGCCCAUGGUGAUGAAAGAGUAUGCCAUCAUCAAGGUGGAUCCUCCUGGAAUUACCUGUGGUGACCCCGCGGAGUACUUCUGCACACAUGAGAACCCAUACCUCUGCAGUGAUGAAUGCGAUGCCUCCACUCCUGACCUGGCCCAUCCCCCCAGUCACAUGGUUGACAAGGACGAAGAAGGCCUGGCCACCUACUGGCAAAGCGUCACAUGGAAACGGUACCCAGAGCCGCUGGUGGCCAACAUCACCAUGUCCUGGAACAAAACCAUAGAGUUAACUGACGACAUUGUGGUGACCUUCGAAUAUGGACGUCCCACCGCCAUGAUGCUGGAGAAAUCAUUGGACUAUGGAAGGACUUGGCACCCGUACCAGUACUAUGCUGAUGACUGUAUCGAAGCCUUUGGCAUGACAGCCAAGAAGGUGGUGAACCUGAUAGCGAGCAACGUCAGCCGCGUGCUGUGCACCGAGGAAUACUCCCGCUGGGCAGGCUCCAAGAAGGAGAAGAACGUGGUCUUUGAGGUUCAGGAUCGAUUUGCCAUCUUUGCUGGUCCAGACUUGAGAAAGAUGGAGAACCUAUACACAAGGAUGGAGAGCGCCAAGGGCUUGAAGGACUUCUUCACGCUCACUGACCUGCGGCUACGACUCUUGAGACCGGCGCUAGGUGGCACCUACGUGCAGCGGGAUAAUCUGAAGAAGUAUUUUUAUGCCAUCUCCAACAUAGAGGUGUCCGCAAGGUGUAAAUGUAACCUUCAUUCCAACGCAUGCAACUUCCGAGACGGGGCUCUACAGUGCGAAUGUGAGCACAACACCACCGGGCAAGACUGCGGCAGGUGCAAGAAGAGCUUCCGCAACCGAUCCUGGCGUGCGGGGUCCUACACACCUCUGCCUCAUGGAUCUCCAAACUCAUGUGCAGCGUCCGGUUCCUCGGGCAACUGUGAAUGUUAUGGACACUCCAGCCGGUGCAGUUUUAUCGACUUUCUGAAUGUGGUCACUUGCGUCAGCUGCAAGCACAAUACUCGGGGACAGCACUGCCAGCACUGCCGCCUCGGCUUCUACCGCAACGUGUCUGCCGAGCUGGAAGACGAGAAUGUCUGCAUACAAUGUAACUGUAACCAGCAAGGCUCUGAACAUGAACGCUGCAACGAGACUGGUGAUUGUGUUUGUCGGCCUGGAGCUACUGGAACAAAAUGUGAAGAGUGCCUACUGGGCUACCACUGGAGACAGGGUUGCCAUCCAAAUGUGUGCGACGAUGAACUGUUGAUUUGCCAGAAUGGUGGCACGUGUCACCAGGGACAGCGCUGCAUUUGCCCCAAUGGCUUUAAAGGAGCCCUGUGCCAAGAUGUCAAAUGUGACCCCACCCACAGGAACUGUGACUCCGCCUCCAGCGCCCUGAUGGUUUCCUCUCUGCUCCUCAUCUGUACAAUCCUACUGAGCAUGGAAGGCAUUUAGGUCCCCCGCCCCCACGGUCUUCAUGUCCGAGCACACACUGCAGGAGGUGUCUACAAGUCAUGCAAUCCCCCUGUGAGGACGCACCACCCGACCAGCGGGGGAGGAUCUGUGCUGGUAACUCAGCUUCUGCAGUGCCUUAUUGUCGCCUAUCACAUGGGACUUUAGAAGAAGACGCCCAUGUCCUCGCAUCCACGGUGGAGACAGAUGCCACUGCGGCCCUCAGGUGGAAGAAUUCUUCUCAGUUAAUGGCUAUUGUAGACUCAGUGGCAAUAUCUACCCACACGUUAGAUUCUUGGGAGCUGGCAUUUAGCCCGGGCACCAGCUGAGUCCAAGAUGGACGUCACAUUAAGCACCUCCCCCUAAAAAUGGGAGGAGACAUAGACCAAUGAUGUACAACUAUUAUCACUAAGCAGAUAUGGACCUUGUGCCAAAAACAGGAUAGACACCGAUCUAGAUGGCUGACGACGCUCGCCACCACCGGGGAGGUUAUUUUUUGGGGGGAGGGGAGCAUCUGAAUCUGACCCAUUUGGCUCUGACUGUUUGACAUUUCUUUGUCUGUUAACCAUUUGCUGCCUGUGUGUAACCUUUGGCGUCAUUUGGGAGGGGGGGGGCAAAUUUCAAAUAAUUUCAUCCCAUUUUCUCAAAAGAUUUUAUUUUUGAAAUAGUAAUCUCUUUUUCCAUCCCUCUAGUGUAUACGAAACGAUCACCUUCACUGUGACACUGGAAACUAUUGUGGGAGGAGCCUAGGACGAC